AAAAAAAAAAAAAAAAGGGAAAGAAGCACUCUUUCGUAACAAAACAAAGUCCUCCCUCUCCAUUCAAUUUUUACACAAAAAUCCGCAAAAAGAUCUCUCUCUAUAAAAAUCUAGGGUUUUCCUAACUAACGCAACUCCCUAGAUCCUAUCCUAUGAAAAUAAUAAAUAAAACCCCUAAUUUUUCCUUCAAUUUCAAGGUUCCUAGGGUUUUGAUUCUCUUCGAUUUUUAGGCGAUUGGUUUUGAAAUUGGUCUUUUGCUUCUUUGCAAAGUUUGCUCUUUUUCUUUUUGAAUAAUUUCCGGAGUUUAUAACGAGUUCGCGAAAAAUAAAGAGAAAGUGAUGGCUACGGCGGGAGAAGAUGUGGAGUACGAGAGUGAUCCAGAGGAGGUGAAGCGGUCGUUGGCGAUGCGGAGGAGAGAGGCGGCUAGUGACGAUGAGGAAGGCGAAAGGGGAGAGGAUAAUAAUACUAAGGCGAGGAUGGAUCGGCGGGCAGUGAUUCACUCUGAGGAAUCCGACGGUCAGGGCGGUGCUGCGGAUUAUGAUGAUGACGAUGAAGAAUUGGACUUAGAAGAGGAUGAAGAAGAAGAAGGAGCUUAUGAUGAAGAAGAGGAAGAGGAGGAAGAAAUUGAUGAAGAGGAGACUGAGGAAGUGGGCAAAGGUGAAAUGAAAGGGAAUGUUGAGAGAACUGGGGAAGAUGUGGAGGAAGCGGUGGUGGGUGAUGGGAGUAGGAAUGUGGAGGACGGAUUGGAGAUUAAUAAUAAUAUUAUUAAUGGUAAUAAUAAUAACAAUUAUAAUAAUAAUAAUAAUAAUAAUAAUAAUAACAAUCAUUUGGGAGAGGAAGAUGAAGAUGAAGAGGAGAAGAAAGAGAAUGAGCCAUUUGCUGUACCAACUGCUGGGGCGUUUUAUAUGCACGAUGAUCGAUUUCGAGAUAAUGCUGGCGGUCGUCAUAGGCGAACACAUGGUGCAAGGAAAUUGUGGGAAUCCAAAGAUGAUAGGAAAUGGGGACAUGACAAGUUUGAGGAGAUGACUUUGCAGGAAAAGCAUUAUGAAGGGGGAAGAAGAUCUUCUAGAGGUAGGUAUCGAGCUCGGAGUAAAAAUCGGGGACCAGAUCAUGGUUAUCCUAGGGGAAGUAGGUCCAAAGCAUUUGAGAAAAACAACAAUCAGAACCAGGCUCCUAAGGGUGUGAGAGGGAGAGGACCUAGGAGGUAUGAACCUACUGUGAAAAACAGCAGUCAGGCGCCUCCAACACAGAACAAAUUGUCUGGGAAGCCUCUUGAGAAAACUUCACAAGCCAAUUCAAGUAGAGCUUUCACACAUGCAACAAAUGCAGACACUACAUCAGUUCCUGCUAGGAAACAUGUUUUUGCAUCAAGCUUGAGUUCUGCUUCCCCACCUUUUUAUCCAUCUGGGUCUUCCAACAAAGACAUUACUUUGACUCCGAAGAAGGAUGUGCAAACUGGAAGUGUGAGCAGGAAUCUUCGCCCUUCUGUUACAGAUGAUAAUUCAUCUGUGUCACAAUCCAAUUCAUUGCGAGGGAAGAAUGUACUUGAUUCUCUCAGCAUGGCGAAGCUUUAUAUAGAUGAUUCCAGCACGUCAGCUUCUGGAAAGCCUUUGACCAACUUGCAAAUGCUACCUUCUGGAUCUUCAUUGGGUAAUACUAGUCAACCUUCUCAGUCCAGGGUACAGGGUAGAGGCAUGGCUAUUCCAGGACAGAAGGCUUAUCAGCCAGCUCCACAUCAGAGCCAAGUCAACAGAGUUUCUCCACCAACGCAGGUCAAUGCUGGCCAGAGAAGUCCUGUUCAGGGCAGGGUUCAGUCUUCUGUACAAUCAGCUGCUCAGCAGUUGAGCCAGCAUCCUGGUAUUGGGUCUCAAGCUUCCUCUCCUCCAAAAACAGCUAUGUCAGUCAGUUCAUAUGAAUCUGGAGAGGUUGAAUCUUCAGAAACAAGUAAAUCCAAGGGUGCAUUGGUGAGCAAGGGGAAAAGCAGUGUUCAAGGAGCUAGUAGGGGCUCUUUUAUGUAUGGUGGAGCUCAGAUUAUGGGAGCUACAGGGAAUAUGGCUGUCAGCCAUGGUGAUCAAAAUUUUCCUGCCUUUUUGCCAGUUAUGCAAUUUGGGGGCCAGCACCCUGGUGGUCUCAGUGUUCCUGCUGUUGGCAUGGCAUUUCCUGGAUAUGUUGCCCAGCCACAACUUGGUAUGGGAAAUUCAGAAAUGACAUGGCUACCAGUACUUACAGGUGCGGCAGGGGCUUUAGGGGCAACAUAUUGUUCACCUUAUAUUGCUGUUGAUGGGUCUUAUCAUGCUCGUCCGUCAGGACAGGCAUCUUCAACAGGAUCCUCAAGCAAAGAAAAUACUUCUAACAAACCAAAUAAUGAAUGGAAGCCUUCUCAAAGACCUGAGCUUGUGAGUGAUGAAUUUGGGCAACGACAAAAUAACCCAAAUAAGCCUCGCAGAUAUUCUGAGAUGAGCUUUAGCAAGUGAUUUACUUGUUUAAGAUGGAUCCUGUCCCAAUAAAUUGAUAAAGGCCUUUCUUCCAGGCCCUUUGUGAACUCCAGCCUUGUGACCUGGAGCACUUUGGGCUGCAAUUUGUUCAAGGAUAUUGUAGUUAUAUAUGACAAACGCCUGUUCAUGCUACAUUCAGUUUAAGAAUAUUACUGUGGCUUGACGGGUGGCAUUCCCUUCUUUAAAUGUGCGGUUUUUCUUGUGGCUUGAUUUUGUAAUGAAGCUUGUGAGAAAUGUAGACUGGCUGGCUUCUCCAUAAAAAAUAUGAACAAGAAUUAUUGUGCAGCAGCUGUUUGCUUGGCCAACUUUUUAGUUUUUAAUUUGCAUAGAUGGUGUUGUUUAUUUGUUGUCUUUGGUUGAUGAGUUAAGCCUGGUUUUGAGAGUGUUCAUUGUCAUGUUUCUUAUUCUAUUUUUAAGGCUGGCUAGUUACUUGAGAUACUGUGGAUUCUUUAAUUUAAUCAGUGGUUUUGAAGCUUUAUUUUCGUA